UGUUUUACACGUCAUUGGAGGCUAGGGAAGUGAAAGCUAACACGUGUGAAUGUCAAUUUAAGACAUUUUUGUUUACGGCUCAGGAUAAUUCAGUGCCUUUUUAUGGCUCCACUUAUUUAGAGCGCUUUUAAAGAUUAAGCUGAAGGCAGCGUUUCUCCAGCAGCUGCUUUACAUAGUUUAUCAUGGCUCACAACGAAGAUGAUGAUUAUGAGUACAGAAUCAAAGAGGGAGACCACAUAGUGUUAAAACGAGGGGACGUCUACAAAGCGGUGCAAAUUCAGCGGAAGAAAAAGGUGAUCUUUGAGAAGCAGUGGAUCUUGCUGGAUAACGUAGUGGGACAUCUGUACGGCACCACAUUUGAGAUUGCCUCCGGAGGAACAUUGCAACCAAAGGAAGACAAGGAAACGGGAAGUUCCACAGAUGUGAAGGUGGCAGGUACAGACAACAGAAACAUCGUCGAUGAUGGGAAAUCACAGAAACUCACCCGAGACGACAUUGAGACGAUGAAAGAGCAAGGUCUGAAGAACGAGGAAAUCAUUCAGCAGCUCAUAGAUAACAGUUCAACAUUCAAUAAUAAGACUGGAUAUGCCCAGGAUAAGUACAUUAAGAAGAAGAAGAAAAAGUAUGAAAACACGGUGACGGUUCUGAAACCGACCUGCCGCAUCAUAGCCAUGAUGUACCACGGCCGCGAACCAGGGAAGAUCUGCCAUCUGCGGUAUGACACACUGGCACAGAUGUUGACUCUGGGAAACAUCCAUGCUGGCAGUAAAGUUCUAGUGUUCGAGACCUGUGCUGGACUUGUGCUGGGAGCCAUCAUGGAGAGAAUGGGAGGCUACGGCUCGGUGAUUCAGAUGUACCCAGGAGGUGGGCCGGUCCGGGCGGGGGUGGAGUGUUUCGGCUUCCCCGCACAUUUUCACGAUAUGCUGCAUGAGUUUCCCAUCUGCCACGUCAACGCUUUGCUGGCAAGCACACUGGACACCAGUGCCAAAGACCCCACUGCUGAAGAAAAGAGCUUGAAUGCGGCUGCAGAGCAGGAGCAAAUCCAGCCUGAGGCAGAACAGCAGGAAGGCAGUCCAGCCGAGGAGAGGAUGGAGACAAACACCGGCGACGACGACGGCGGCCAAGACCGGGAGAAACUCGAGAGGGAGAAACGCCAAGAAGCAAAAGCUCAGGAAAGAAAGGUGAAGCUGGAGGAGAAGCGCCGGAAGCUGGCGGCCGCAGCUGCCCUGCUGGAAGGCAGAAACGCUGACGGGUUGGUGAUAGCGAGUCAGUUUCACCCUUGUUCUGUUCUCUUGGGCUUGAUUAAAUUCCUCUCCCCUUCUCGGCCUUUUGUAGUCUUCUCUCAGUUCAAAGAGACACUUAUUGAGUGCUACACAAAACUAAAGGAACAAGGUGGGACUGUCAACCUCAUGCUCACCGACACCUGGCUCAGGCAUUACCAGGUGUUGCCUGACAGGACCCAUCCUCUGCUCCUGAUGAGCGGGGGCGGGGGCUACCUCCUCUCAGGGACAACCGUGGCCACGGACCACUCCGAACCGGCGGCUGAGGAACCAGCUCCAAAGAGACAAAAAGUGAAAGACUCCGAGGGGUAAACACACGCAGAAGGAUCAGAUCUUCUCCGAGGCACGUUGGUGUCACCUGCAGGGAUUUUGCUUCAGACUCUGUCGAACCGAAGUGACACUUCUGCAGAAAAGGAGACUGGGUGUCUGGUUUGUAUUCAUCAGAACACCUUCUCCUGUCUUUGUCCUCAGAUCAGCUGAGAGGUAAAGUGUAACCCUAAAAAAACAGGUCAUCUCAGCUCCAUGUGCUCCUUUAUGUAAGAGAUGGCUGAAUUAAUUUCAUUUAAGUGACAAGUUUGUGUUGUAUCCCUUCUCAGCUAUUGCUAAAGCUGUUGUAUUUUAUUUAGUAACUUGCUAUACAAUUCAGUUGCUAAUGUAGGUUUAUUUUAUCUACUUCAUUGAAAAUCACUGGAAAAUAAACGGUGGAAUGUGAACCGCAUUAAUUCUGGAAAUAAAUUUGACUUUAAUUUGGUCCCAGGGA